AAUAAAAAGCUUGUAAAAAGCCGCUCAACCCGACCCAAAUCACCGAUAAAAAAAUAUUUCGGUCAUGUAUAUUAUAAUAGGUCUCUUAAUAUUAGCUGUUAUAGUUGGUUUAGCUUUUGCCGUAUAUUAUUCAUCAGAGAAGCAAACUGUUUACACCGAUUUGAAAGGUAAACAUGUAGUUGUGACCGGAGGGUCCAGUGGCAUUGGCAAAGCUGCAGCAGCAGAAGCAGCCAGGUUGGGAGCCCACGUCACAAUUAUUGGUCGAGAUGUUAGCAAACUGACCUCGGCAGUUACUGAGAUAGUCGCGAAAUGUACGGACAAAGAGCAAAAGAUACAAUUCGCGGCCUUAGAUGUAACAUCAGAUUACAACGCGAUAUCAAAAUGUUUGUCCGAAUUAGAAACUUCUGUGGGUCCAAUUUUUAUGCUAAUAAAUUCUGCCGGAAUGUGCAUUUGUGGAGAAUUCGAUAAAAUGAAGGUUGAGGAUGUUAAACAAAUGAUUGAUUUGAAUUACUUUGGCACGGCAUAUCCUACAAGGUAUGUUUUACCUGGAAUGAAGCAGAGGCGCGAAGGGAUUGUCGUAUUUGUAGCAUCAGAAGCUGCAUUGCUUGGCAUUUACGGCUAUAGUGCCUACAGUGGUGGAAAGUGGGCAGUUAGAGGCUUAGCUGAAACUCUAUUCAUGGAACUGCUAGGCACUGGGGUGCGCCUGACACUGGCCUUCCCGCCAGACACAGACACCCCUGGCCUGAAGAAUGAAAACUUGACAAAGCCUAAGGAAACUAUGCUUAUAUCUGGAAGUGGUGGGCUGCAGUCAGCGGAUAUGGUUGGCAAGAAAAUGGUCCAUGAUGCUUUGACUGGAAGAAAGUAUUCAGUGUUCGGCUUCAGUGGUAAUUUAAUGUCUCUUCUAUUCUGCGGGUCCAUAGACAGCUUGAGCCAAAUACUGGUGCAAAUAUCCUGCAUGGGGAUUCUACGGACCAUCGUGGUUGGUGUGCUGUUGUCCUUCCACAAAAUAGUCUGGGACGGUUUGAAAGAGAAAAAGGAGACUCCAAAGAAUAAAUAAGAUAAGUCACAGUUUCAGUUAUGUUGUGGAUUUAAAAAACUUGUAAUAAUCGGAAGUGCUCCUGACAUUCCGUAUUUGCGGCAUUUUUAGAUAUGAAAUACUAUUUAUUGAUAUUUUUGAUAAAUUGUAUUGAUGUAUAUCAAACUUCGAGUAAUGCUAAAGUUUUGGUAUUGUAAAGGAAAGGGUUAGGGGCAUGAGGG